CAAGUUCUGGAGAUACAAAUGAGUGCUCCAAGAAUUCGACGCAUAUCGCCUACAGUAUUCCCAAUGCUUACUCUGCUGAUCACCGAAGCCUUGUUCUAGCAAUAUAUGGUCCUACUCGAGCCAGUAUUGCGAUGUCUUUGAACAGUGUUGCUCAGGAUCCCGCAAUCAUAUCCAAUUAUACCUCUUCCUGAGACGGCAGUUGAAUGCAUUUACCAUAAUAUUGAAGAAGCUUGGCUGAAACUCAACAUGGCAUCUACUGGUCCAUUCUACGACGUUCAGAGCACGGUCGCAUUAGUGAAAACCCUGACCAAUGCGCAGUUGAAGGACAUCUUGAGGAAUGAGGGACUUGCGGUUUCUGGAGUCAAGGCGUCGUUACAGAUUCGGAUCCUAGAUUAUAUUGAUAGACUCAGAGAAGGAGGUCAUAUCGAGAAGUAUGAUAUCAUGAGGAAGUUCAUAUAUCAUACAGCGCACCGGUCGAUACCAUCGCCUACAAUACCGCAGCCAUCGUCCAACCAGCAAUAUCAGCAGCCUUCAGUUAGUCAGUCUCUGGCCACGCAGCAUAGACCAUCACCUUUGAGCAUGGCAGUGCCAUCGCAUGCUAUCACCCCAGGCCGUUUGACCUUCAAAGACAGUCCUUUCUAUACGGUUCUGGACCAACUGACUCCGACGGCGGAAUGCAAAGUACGCGAGCACACUCGGGACAGCGUGGAGCUGAAAGUUGCUUUUACGCCUAGCAUGGCAUCCAAAUUGCAGGCUGACCCGAACCUUCGGGUGAUGGUGUUUUGUGCGGCAGACACGGGUCUCAAUCAAUAUACCAAGUCGGAUAUAGCAUUUCCUCAUCAAGUUGAACUCAAGACAAAUCUCGACGAAGUCAAAGCGAACCUGCGAGGUCUAAAGAACAAGCCUGGUACGACAAGACCGGCGGACAUUACCAAUUAUGUUCGCAAGAAAGCAGGGUAUCAAAACACUGUUGUCUUAACAUUUGCCCUCACCCAAAAAAGAUUCUUUGUUUUGGUCAACCUUGUUCAGAGACACCCAGUUGAUGAACUUGUUACCGAGCUCAAGAGAAGAAAAACCAUCUCGAAAGAGCAAGUCCUGCGAGAAAUGAGGAGCAAGGCAGAGGACACUGAAAUUUUCGCCACUUCAAGUGUUAUGUCACUCAAGUGUCCUUUGUCGCAUACUAGGAUUGCGGUUCCCUGCCGCUCUAUAAUCUGCACCCAUAAUCAGUGCUUCGAUGCAUCAUCAUUCCUACAACUACAGGAACAAGCCCCGCAGUGGUUGUGUCCUGUGUGUUCUAAAGCGACUAGCUUCGAGUCCUUGCAAAUAGACCAGUAUGUGGAUGAUAUCCUCCGUCUGACCCCGUCGGACAUUGAACAGGUGAUCAUUGAGCCAGACGGGAAAUGGUCUCAUCCUAAUCUCGAAGACAUUGAGAAAGCUGGGAAAGCUACAUCAGCAGCAGAAGAUGAUGAGUUGAUAGAGAUCAAGGAACCUGGGAUAUCACCCAUAAAACAAGAGAGUUUCUCUGCUGUUAAUUUGACCCUGCAGCAGACUCCACUCCAGUCACGCGAACCCUCUGCAACCUCGUCUGCAGUUCCAUCGUCUAUAAACAAGCGUCCUGCAGCCCAAGUGAUUGACCUUACUGGCAGCGACGAUGACGAUGAUGGCGAAGAUGAUCUACCUGUCAGACCGACCAAACGGCCCGCGCUGGGUGAAGGGGGAAGGAGUUCACUUCGUCAAGAAUAUCAUGACUCGUACACUAGUAGUCUCGCAGGGGAAACGAGCCUUACUUUAUCUGCCCGGCUCAGCCCUGGAUACUCAGGUCAGGCAGGCGACUUUCAAUCAUCAAAUUAUUGAAGCAUCCAUGCAAGGUGUCACGGCGCUUUCGGAAUUCGGAAACCGGCUAUCAUUAUUAUACCUGGGAUUGGUGGGACUGGGACCAGACGUAUUGCUCACCUCUUCAUGUUGAAAGCAAAGGAAUUUUUUCUUAAAUGAAAUGGAAACAAACCC